UACUAGGGAUACCCUGGCAAAGAGAAUAGCAAGUUAAAAAAAAAAAGGCAUUUCUUUCUACCAGAUUGAGUUAAAGAAAUAUUACAGUGAUGACUGAUAAACAGCCUGAGAGACUGUGGGAAUGGUUGGAACAAAAUACUUAGAAAUAAAGUGGAAGAAUUGACAGAAGAAUAAUCUGACUUUUCACUGCUUGGCAGGCAAAGUGAGAAAUACAUCUUGAAAAAGAUGGGACUUCCUCUCCAGGUCCAGCCCAAGGCAACAGAAAGCGAGCCUGAAAGCACAGAUCGGCGGAGAGAAGACAGCCAUCUGAGUGCAGUGUGCUCUGCCGAUGUUUGCCCCCUCCCCAUAGCCAAGUGUUGCUAAGCUAUAGCGUUAUGUGAUGCUCAGAGCUGUCUGUAGGCACACUAACCCUUUGUUCCGCAGGGCAGCUGAGUCCUUUCUACACAGAACAAACCUAUGCUACACAGCCUUAGUGACUUCAGAAAACAUCACCAAUAGAAACAACAAUCGUCUCUGGAAAACAGUAUCUGUGGCAUUGAGAAAGGCAAAAAGUGAAACCUAACCAGACUGCAGCUGUUUUGUUGGUGUGGGUACUUCCACUCACUGCAAAUGGUGGCUUUCAUCACUAACUUAAAGCAGUCGAAUCAACAAGUCCCUCAGCAUCACUUCCAGAGUAUCUUCUGUGAAAACAUCUUACCACUGCACAUGUGUUCAAUAAAUGAGGAAUAUCUAUGUGCAAGCACUCCAUAGACAACACCCUUCUACAGACAGGGAGGCAUCCUGACAAACAUCAGGUACUGUAUCCAAUGCCAAAAAAAAAAAGGUGAAAAGAUGCUUUGUGAAAAUGAAAAUACUUGAAACAGAAAUGAAGCUGUCUGUGAAACACCAUAAGCACAGAACGUGACUUGUCCAGCUGAUACUGCAAAUACAUCUUAAACCAUUCAAAACAGGGUGUUACUUAGAGCAGUAGGAUGCAUCUCUGUGAAUAACCUCCCAAACUAGGCAAACUUCUUAUACUUAGAGAAAAAGACGAACAGUUGUUAUAGUCUCCUUCCCUUAUACAGUUAAAUGCAAAUGCUGCUUUACAGUCAUACUCCUGCUAUCGCCCUGCAUGCACAGCUGACACGCCACCUACUGCAAACCCGAGCCGACAGUCGGAGCAAUGCAAGCAGCAUUGCCACUCCAACAUCGUGCCGGAGCUGUAUAAAGGUGCUUUUUUCUUUCAGAUUUUAAAAACACAUAAUCAAUCUCUUUGCAAGCUGAGAAGCACAAAGCAAGAUAACUGGAGUUUUGGUCUGGCUUUGAUCAUGGAGAAAAAAAUAAACAGAAGAGAAAACGAAUGCGAAGAAAAACACAGCAACUCCGAAGGCUCUGAGCAAGAGAAGGACUAUAGAACAUCUCUGGUUACUCUGAAUGUUGGUGGCUAUCUAUACAUCACACAAAAACAGACACUAACCAAGUAUCCAGAUUCUUUUCUGGAAGGGAUCAUAAAUGGAAAAAUAAUGUGCCCUUUUGAUGCAGAUGGGCAUUACUUCAUAGACAGAGAUGGACUCCUUUUCAGACACAUUCUCAACUUCCUACGAAAUGGAGAACUUCUUCUACCAGAAGGGUUUCGAGAAAAUCAACUUUUGGCACAGGAAGCAGAAUUCUUCCAGCUUAAGGUACUCUCAGAUGCAGUGAAAUCAAGGUGGGAGAAGGAACAGCUAGCAUCUCGAGAGACUACUUUCCUGGAAAUAACUGACAGCCACGACCGUUCCCAAGGACUCAGAAUCUUUUGCAAUGCUCCUGAUUUCAUUGCAAAAAUAAAAGCCAGAAUUGUACUGGUGUCCAAAAGCAGGCUGGAUGGAUUUCCAGAAGAGUUUUCAGUAUCUUCAAAUAUUAUUCAAUUCAAGUACUUCAUAAAGUCUGAAAAUGGUACACGACUGGUACUGAAGGAGGACAACACCUUUGUCUGCACCCUGGAAACUCUUAAGUUCGAGGCUAUAAUGACGGCUUUAAAAUGUGGAUUUAGACUGCUGACCAGUCUGGAUUGUUCAAAAGGGUCGAUUGUUCACAGCGAUGCACUUCAUUUUAUCAAGUGAUCACAAAGGCAGAGGAAAUGAGCAUGCUGCCAGUAAACCUUGACCUGCAGACUCCUGGCAUCACAAAUAACCUAUCCAACUAGCCUUGUACCACAGAUAUCGGCUGCUAACCAACUGACGUGAGCUAAUGGUAUGUAAAUCUCAUAAUGACAUCCAUCUCUGGCUUACUUAAACAGGAAGAAAAUGUGAUGCCUGGAUUUAAUAUCUGCUAAACAUUGUAAGCACAGAUUGAAUGCUUUAUGCUAUUUGUAAUACCUGUUUUCUCGAUGCUGUCUUUCAACCAGCUGAAUUUUUGUGUACUUGUAUGACUAACACGCACACACCACACUGCUCCGAUGGACAGCAGUGAGAGUAUUUCCACGUAAUAAGCAAGAUUAAAACAUCUUUUGCUUAUAAACAUUUCAGAGUGGAUUUUAACUGGAAUAAAUGAUGCUGAAUGUUCAUUAGUGCUUAUGCUAAUCUAUCGUACUUAAUUUGAAAACAAACAUGAGAUCAACUUGAUUUUAAAGUUAAAUGAUUUCUCAACUGACUUAAAAUUGAAUUUGUAACUGUGGUACCACAUUAAUAACAAUUGCCAAAACCAAACAAACAAUGCUGGGGGGGGGGGGGGGGUACUUUUGUUAUGGGAAAGGAGUUGAUUCUGCACAGAAUGUUACAUUUUCUAAUUACAUAUACAUAUCAAAUGCUCAAUAAAAAUAUUUCACAGAGUUUCAUGUAA